AAGGUGAGCUAGGCAGAAUUCCGCGUUCGGUUCUCAGCUCUUUGGUGCUGAUCAGCCGCCUCCAGGUCCGCAUGCAAGCUGCCUUUCGCAGUCAACCCUGCUAAAAGACCUGUUCGUGUGCAAGUCGUUGCAAUGCCGAGGAAAAAGAAGGCAGCAGGGGCACCAGCCGGCGGCGAAGGGCCGGCACCUCCCACAAACCCCAAUGCUGGGGGGGCGCAAGGGCGGGGGCGGGGGCAGGGGCGGGGGCGGGGGAGAGGCCCCUCCCCUGGGCGAGGACAGGGCAACCGGCCUGCCGGAGGACCUGCCAUCAUACAAAGGGAGGAAAUGGGCGUCUUGAGUGCACAACCGUCUGGGGGGGGUGCUGUUGCAGCUAGCGGAGCCCCCCCAGCUGCAAUGCCACAAGGGGAGGCAAUGCAGGCUUCAACGAGCGGGGCUGCGGAAGCACAAAAAGAGCUGGGGCAACUCUCGUUGGCACAUGGGACCCAGAGACGAUCGGAGGGCGAGAAACCAUUUGAGGUGCCGGAGAGUCUCAAGGGAGUUACUCUAAUGAGGCGGCCCGGGUUUGGAUCAGUGGGGCAGCGGGCUGUCGUGCGGACGAACUAUUUUCUGGCCAAGUGCAACAAGGAGUUUCUAUACCAGCACGAUGUGGUCAUCCGGGAGACCCCUUCUCGCGGUGACGGCGAAGUGUCUUCCAAAGGUGUCCGCCGCGCCAUCAUGCAACAACUGCAGUCCACCCAGAGGGUUUCGGGGCUGGGGAACUGCCUGCUGGCCUUUGACGGCAACAAAAUUGCGUUCACGGCCAAACAGUUGCCGCAGGAGAUUAACGAGUUUGAGGUGGUGCUGCCGGAGAGGGACGGCCAGCCGGGCCGAGAGCGGCGCUUCAAGGUGGUGAUCACGGGCGUCGUGGCUGGCCGGAUCGACAUGUCGCGGCUGCUGCAGCAGGCAUACCAGCAGUACGACAUUCCACAGGAUGCGAUCAACGCGCUGGACACAGUCCUGCGCGAGACGCCCACCCACAGGGACACUCCCGUGGGCCGCUCCUUCUUCCGUCCGCCGCAGCCCAACCUCCUCCGAGAAGCUGCCUUGGGGGCGGGCCUGGAAGCCUGGCGGGGCUACUACCAGUCGGUGCGACCUACCGUGAGCGGGCUGGCGCUGAACCUGGACCUGUCCACGACGGCGUUCUACCAGGCGGUGCCCGUGCUGCAGUACGUGGGCGAAGUGCUGGGCCGCAACUGGAGCCGGGCGCGGGCCGCCUCGGAUGCGGAGCGCCUCAAGAUAAAGAAGAUGCUCAAGGGCGUCAAGGUGGAAGUGACGCACAACCCCAACAGCCGCCGCCAGUACCGCGUGCACGACAUCUCGCGCACGUCAGCUGCGCAGACCAUGUUCGAGCUGGAGGGCCAGGGCCAGGUGAGCGUGGCGCAGUACUUCGAGGCCCAUUACGGGUACCGCCUGCAGCACCCCAAUCUGCCGUGCGUCAUCGCCGCCUCCAACCGGGCGCACCUCCCCCUCGAGGUCUGCCGCAUCCAGGGCGGCCAACGCUUUCCGCGCAAGCUGUCGGACAACCAGAUCCGCAAUAUGCUCAAGAUCACCCAAAAGCGGCCGCCCGAGCGCGAAAAGGCGACUCAGCAGACCUUCAACCAGAACGCCUAUCCCAACGACGAGUAUGCGCGCGAGUUCGGGAUCUCGGUGGACACCCGCAUGAUGGAGGUGGAGAGCAGGAUCCUCCCGCCGCCGCCCCUGAUGUAUGGACGGAACCGCCGGGUGCAGCCCGGGCAAGGCGCCGGAGAGUGGUCCAGGCAAGACAAAGGGGCGGUGUUCGCUGAGGGCGUCGUUAUCCACGCCUGGGCCGUCCUCAACUUUGAGGCGGUGCACGACGCGGUGGCCGCCCACCUUGCCGCCAGCCUGGCUAAUCGCUGCAACCAGCUGGGGAUGCGCAUGCCGGCCGCGCCGUCCGUCCCUCCCCGCGUGGUAUCCAGCCGCGACACGGGCAGCCUGGGGGCGCUGCGCCGCGCGCUGCAGAAGCUCAAAGCGGACGUCAACGCCGCACAGCCGAACCCGCUGCAGCUCGUCGUCUGCAUCUUCCCCUUCACCAGCCCCGGGCUCUACGGCGACCUGAAGCGGCUGUCCAUCACGGAGCUGGGGUUCGUGACGCAGGGCUGCCUGGCCAAGCACGUAGACAACCCGGGGACGGUCUACCUUGGCAACCUCGCGCUCAAGAUCAACGUCAAGGUGGCCAGCGAAGCGGCGGCCAAGCGCAUCGGCUGCAACUUCGCGCUGGCGCAACCGGACACCCUCACUUACUUCCCCCGGGGGGAGCCCACAAUCGUUUUUGGAGCGGAUGUCUCCCACCCCGGACCUGGUGACGACGCUCCAUCGAUUGCUGCGCUGGUGGCGAGCCAGGACUGGCCGUACCAGGGUCGCUACCGCGCUAUCGUGCGGACGCAGGAGAAGCACGUCGAAAUGAUCCAGCGCCUGCAGGAGGACGUCCAGUCACACUUGCUGGCCUUCUAUCAGGCGACCCGCACGCAGCCCCGAAACAUCAUCGUCUACAGGGACGGCGUCUCGGAGGGGCAGUUCAUGCAGGUCCUUCUGCGCGAGCUGGACGCAAUGCUCAAGGCGUGCGCUCGCAUGGGCGACCCCGGCAGUUACCGCCCGCGCAUCACGUUCGUGGUGGUCCAGAAGCGUCACCACACGCGCUUCUUCCCCACCACGGAUGCGAAGGACCGCUCGGGCAACGUGCCAGCAGGCACGGUGGUGGACACCGGCAUCACUCACCCGACGCAGUUCGACUUUUUCAUCAACUGCCACGCGGGACUGCUGGGCACGAGCCGGCCGACGCGGUACAUCGUCUUGUUCGACGAGAACAACUUCACCGCGGACAAGAUGCAGAUCCUGAGCAAUGCGCUGUGCUACACCUACGCGCGCUGCACGCGUGCUGUCUCAAUCGUUCCCCCGGUGUACUACGCCCAUCUGGCGGCGGGCCAAGCGCGGUGCUUCGUGGACCCGGUGGACAGCGACAGCGGCAGCGCCACCGGCUCGACCGCCAGCACCGCCAGCCGCCGCGCGGGGCCGCCCUCCGUGAAGGAAAUGCCGGGGAUUCCAAGCGAGGUGGUAAACACAAUGUACUAUUGCUGAUCAAUUAGGGGCGAGGAGUUUGUGGAAAUGUAUAGAGUUAGCUAGUGACCUCUGUCACUUGGUGCAAUGCACGCUAGUCGUGGUCACGAAGGAGUGCGUGGGUUUGUACAUAUGUAUAGAGGUUUGUCGGCCGUCAAUGCUUUGUAAGAUAGUGGUAGUCACGAGUGUGGUCUUUGCCAGCCGAUUCCUCCAGCCAGAAGAACACGUAGAGUUAACGUUUGGACAGGAUUCGAUCAGCUAGUUGACUGGCCGUCCUAUCCGUCUAGAGCAGAUUGUGGCAUUUGCAGGUGCAUCUAAGUCCGUCGGACUCGGAUACAUCGGCUCUAGUUCCCUUGAAGAGCUUUGACCUAGUCGAUGGUCAGCGCGGCUGCUUGUGACUGAUCCUGGCACUGAAGACAUGUUCCGACCACGUCAGGGUUGCCAGUGGGCCUACAAAUCAUUUUGUAGAGAUUUCAGGUGCACUUACAUAUAUCAAAUCAAGUUGUUGGGC